AUGACCAGCUUCAAGGUGCUCUUUGCCUUCCUCGCCAUGUUCAUGUUCUCCAUCCAAGGCGCCAUGGCCCUCCCCGGCAACACCGAAUCUGUCCCUGCUGCUGCCGUCAACGACUACGAGGCUAGAGCUCAAAAGUCCCCUGCCCCCGCUGAAGGCGAGCCUUUCGUACGUUUGACACGGCCAUUCUAUUCAUGGCAAACCCCCACUAUGUAA